AUUCCGAUCAUCCAAUCAUUUGCAAUUUCUGUUUUGAAAUCUCUCAUUUUCAAAUUUCAGGGGACCAGAGACUCUCCGCUCAUGAAAUCAUCAAUAACAAUUUCUCAGUUUUGAAACAACUCUUUUUCUGAUCCAUAAAUGGCGUCGAUUGAGGGAAAUUUGGCGGGAAAAAAACUUGGUGGAAUGUCGGAUAUCCUUGUCGUCGCUGCCGACCUCGGUUACUCUAGGUAUCGCCCUCCUCCCUCUCAGGAAUAUCUGCGAAAUGGUGACGACUUAACAAGAUUGUUGCGCGAACUUAAUGCGGUACAAAGAAAGGUUGCAGCUCUGAAUGUGGAACUUCAAGGUCGGAAGGAAGAUAUGAAUAUCUCUCACUUGACACAUGUGAGUGAAAUGGAGAAAAAGAUAGAAACUUUAGCAAGGAUCACUACUAUAUUGAAAGGCGUCAUCCAGAAUAAGGAUCGUAUAAUAGCCCGUCUUCAACAGCCAUUUCCACCAGAAUUCAUUCCCGUGGAAGCCGAAUAUCAGAAAGAAUUCUCUGAACUAUUAAGGAGUGCUGCCAACGAUUAUGGCAGCCUCACGGCAUCUGUUUCCGAUCUCCAUUGGACAACAAACUUUAGGGAACCACCAUCUAUAUGGGGGGAGAUGCUACGUCCAAUCCAAGUGGCGUUAAUAUCAUGUAGCAGGUACUUCGAAGCAAUGUCAGCCAUGAGAGAGACUUUUGCAACCCUUCAACAGUUGAGGGUGGGCCCUGCACACUCACCAGCAUCAAGAUAUCAUUCUCAGAGAACGUCACCAGCGGGUUCAGAACAUGCAGCGAAUGAAUGGGGCCCUGAGGAUUUGGAUCUUAGAAGCCCGGAUAUGCAGGGAGGAGAGAACCAAGAAGGGGAGUUUGAAAAUGAUACUGAUGUAGAUGAUAUGAAUGAUAGAAGAUCGUCGAGUGAGGGAACAGCUUCAUAGUUGAAACCUGUUGUUGUGCAGUGUGUUGCAUGAAAUGCAAUUUUGGCUUUAUUAGUAAUGCUUCUUAAGUGGAUGUAUGUGUUAUUGAUAUGGUAUUGAAUAAUGGAAUCAAAUAUUUGCCAUU